UAAUAGCCAAGUGUCCUUUCCCGGGAAAUCACACGGCGCUGUAGUCUGCCAAAGAAAGUGAAGGCGGAGGGAACUCUCGCCUCUACUGCGGCAAGUUCCGCACCGAUUUGUUUGCGGACUGUUUACAACGCAGGCGGAAGAAGAAAAAAAAACAAGGAAGAAGAGGAAGCGACCCAUACGUCUUUUGAUGCUCGUUGCUGAGGUCGAUUGCUUUCCGGAGGCUCUAUGAAGGAGCACGCAGCUGUUUCAACGUGCACACCAGACUGACAGAACAAGGAGUGAGCCCCCCGUUGCCGCCCCAAUGCCGGGCAUAAGCUCCUCCACGGCACCCCGUUAUGACAGCUGGGACAUGGACUACCUGGACACUUACCAACACUACUUCUAUGAUGACCACCACAACCCGGACGAGGACUUUUUCAAAUCCACAGCACCCAGUGAGGACAUAUGGAAGAAAUUUGAACUGGUACCCACCCCGCCAAUGUCCCCCAUCCGUGCGGUGGAGGGGUCGGGCAAGUUUGGACUGAUGUGCCCCUCACUCGGAGACAAGUUGGAGUGGGUAUCACAGUUUUUGGGCCAGGAGGAUGAACAACAACAACAACAACAACAACAGCAACAACAACAACAUCAGCAACAGCAAGACAUCCUUUGCAAAGUGACCCCAGCCGCGGACUCUGUUGGGAACUUGAGCUCUAUCAUCAUCCAAGACUGCAUGUGGAGCGGGUUCUCUGCCGGUCGGCAGCUUGAGAGAGUGGUCGGGGAGCGCUGUCACCCCUGCCAAGUCAAGGGGGGCUCAGCUACUACCAAAGUGGUCACUGGAACAUCCCCUGGGAGAGUUCAAGGUGUACCCGCAGAUGUUCUGCCUCUCGGUUGUUUGGUAGCGGAUUGCGUGGACCCGGCUGCUGUGCUCACCUUUCCCUUGGGCGGAGGCUGCAAGAAGCAAAUAUCCUCUGGGUCCGAGUCACACACUAACUCUUCAGAUGAUGAUGACCAAGACGAGGAUGAGGAGGAGAUCGAUGUGGUGACUGUAGAGCACAAACAACAACGCAAACCACGGCGGUUGGUCAAAAGCCGCAAACCUGCGACCAUCACUGUUCGAGCGGACCCUUUGGACCCCUGCAUGAAACGGUUCCACAUCUCCAUCCAUCAGCAACAGCACAACUACGCCGCCCCGUCACCAGAUACUAUUUCGCCGGUGGAACCUCCACCGCCCCGCAAGCGGCACCGGCACGAGGUGGCCGCCCCAGCGCAACACCCUCAUUACCACCAACCCCGGCUCGGCCACACCCCCUCGAACUUUGACAGUAGGCGGUCUCAUACGACUGCCACCAGGGCACGUUCGGAGUCACCCCACCUGGGCUCCUCCUCUCCCGCAUCACCCCCUUGCUCCUCAUCGUCGUCCUCGCCGCCCCACUCACGGUCCCCGCCGCCACCCCUUUCCAGUCCCCAGUCCUCGGACUGCGAAGACACUGACCGACGCAAGGCCCACAACUUCCUGGAGCGCAAGAGGCGCAACGACCUUCGCUCGCGCUUUCUGUCGUUGCGAGACGAGAUCCCCGGCUUGGCCGACUGCGCCAAGACACCCAAGGUGGCCAUCCUGACGCGGGCCACCGAGUACCUGCGGCAGCUGCACGCAGGAGAGCGGCAGAAGGCUCAGGAGAGGAAGCAGCUGAAAGCCAAGCAGGCGCAACUGUUGCAGAGGCUGGCACAGCUGAAGCGGGCAUCCACGCUCCCAGAACUGAAAAUGAAAUGAAGGAGAACGGACACUCGUAAAGUCACGUUGGAAUUGUGCGGGUGGAUUUUUUGUUGUUGUUGUUGUUGUGAUUUGCACAUUUAGCUUGAGUGCUAGAUAAAGGCUGUAUGCACGGGUCCUUAGCACCAUACACGUCUUACAAAAAGAGGUGUUAAACUUUAUGGUGAAAUUUUAGGAUGCAAUAUAACCAUUUUAAUUUUACAUUUUCUCUUGUUUAAACUGUUCAGAAUCAAUAAAAUCACAAUUUUAAGACCUGAAUCUACUAAUACAUUUACUAGUAGAAAGUGAUGCUAAUCCUGAAAUUUCACCCGGGAGGAAAAUAUCCCAAUUUUUGAGGAUUUUGUCCCAUGCUUUAUAGACACGAAAUCGCUGCAUGGGCCAGAGGGUGAGGCUCUGUGUGAUGUCUGUUCUAGACAGGCUGAUGGACCCUCUCACCAAGAGGUAAUUUAUUUUUGCGCCAUUUUGUGCCAUUCCGCAUAGCCCACCAACAUUUAUUUGAGCUCCUCCCCAGAAAAAAUGGUUUAGCCCGUCAACAGUCGGGUUGUGAUGAUUUUGUAACUGAAGUGCAACUUAUUUAAAUUGUUUUGUAGAACCUCCUGCUAGAAUCUGUACAAAUGUAGAAUUCUUGUGCCAUGGAGCGCAGCCAAAAAUUGAAUGUUGGCUUCAGUAUAUCAACCAAACAGCAUUUCUAUGAGAAUGGCUUCAAUUUCAUUUGUUUGAUUGACAACGUUUUGGGGAAAUGAAGCCCGCUGUAUAUCUUUAUCAUAUUGCUGUCUAAUUACAUAUGUAAAUGUUUAUUUUCAUCGGCUGAACACUUCUCAAGAAGAAGCCUUUUGACAUUCGCAGGUGAUCCGUUGAGUGUACAUAGUAUCUCGAUUCUGUACAGCGCCUUCUGAACCAAAACCACACCUGUGUACUAUACUCAUCUUAGUUUUUUGGUUACCAUCAAUUUGCGUCUUAAAGCUUUCUGGCUUUUUCAGAUGACUCAAAGCUUCUAUUUUUGUUAAUAAAAUAACACAAUGAGUUGAACAUGGGACACUUUGUCACACGGCAAUGCCUCCUCAUUUGCAUUUUCUGUGUUCUGUCUGAAAAAAAGUUUGAUACUAUAUUUUCCUACAGAGCUGUGUUCAAAGCGAGCUGUUGCCGUUUAUUUCUGUAGCUGACAAGGGCCUUCCUGGUGGUUAUGUGCUGAAUGCGGACCAGUCGUAUUAGUGUGAUUAAAAGCCCCCGGAGCUGUAGCACCGUCUUGGUGGGGAAGGAAGCGGGGGAGUCGAAGCCCCUUAAUGAUCCUAUUGUUAUUGCUUUUUGCAUGCUCUGCGCUAACUGCAAUUCAGAAGCAACCAGACUUCAAAUAUGUCAGAGUAGCAUGUCCUGUCUUUACAAGCACUCAGGAAUAGUUAUGUGGCUUACAACCUCAGGAGCCCAAUCCUCACUGAAUCAAUGCCAGUCCCUGCUGCUUGUCAAUUCAGUGCAAACCACCAGUUGCCCUUUGUUUUGGUUUCUACAAAGGCCUCAUUUAGUUCAAUGUUUUUGUAUCGGUUGCCAGAUGUGGAUGUUGCUAAUACUUUCGCAGUUGGUGAUUUAUGGAGCCUUGUUUCAGCACUUUGUUUUUUUCUGUACCUCAUAAGCCUAUAUGUAUGAAGAGUACGUCAAAAAAUCAA